UUCGCAAGCAGUCAAACCAGACUGCGGGAACUGUACAGGGCCAUCAGUGAUCUGCCAGGCGUUUCCCUGAACGGACAACGUGUCUGGCUGGACGCUAUGGCGGACUGGUUGGAGACGGUACAGGCGGCUUUCGAUCGCGACCGCAAUCUGGGGCACAUCUCCAGCACAGGCUUCUGGACGGCCAAUGCAAGCGCCCUGGGUGUGCUGGGGUUGCGUUUGAUCGUCCAGACUAACCACGGUCUCCAGCUUGAUCGGAUUAUUACGGCGCGUCUCGUGACAAAUCGCAUCGUUGACCCCACUGGCUUCAACAUCUUCCUACGGGUGUGGAGGAACCACGACAUUCUCAACUAUACGGGCCCACCCUGUGUCAUCUUCCCCGACCCGGGUCUUGGUCAUGAUCUUCGCCUUUUCACGCCUACUGCGGUCGGCGGUGGUCCCCACGACCUCAGUCCCAUACGGCCAGCCGUACCCACGGAGUACGUCCAGACCAGCUUCUUCGCCUCGGGCUAUGCAACUGUGGAGUCACAAAUUGAACUAGUGAAGGUUGUCUUCACGAAGAUCAAAUUCUCUCUGCUGUUGAGUGCCCCUAAAAACCACCUUGAGACUUCUUAUCCGAUAUUUGACACACCGCAGCACUCCCAGUAUCUGCUCCUGCACUGUCUCACCGCCACGGGUCUAGUUGGUUAA